AUGUCAUCGAAGGAACAAGAACAAAAUAUAUCUGUAUGGCAUGAUCGAGAGAUUCGAUUUGAUGUUUCUCCGAAUGAUCUUAAAUGUCGUUCCGGUGAAUUUAUUAUUGAUACACUUAGUUCCGUCGAAGAUACAAAAGGAAAUAAUGGUGAUAAAGGAAAACUUACUAUAACCAAUAUUCGUCUUAUUUGGCAUAGUCAUUCAUCAUCACGUAUCAAUCUUUCUAUCGGUCUUUAUGCAGUCGUGACAAUUACUGCUCGAAAUGCAAAAUCGAAACUUCGUGGUAGUACAGAAUCGUUAUAUCUUCUAACCAAAUCUGGUUCAUCGCGUUAUGAAUUUAUAUUUACAAAUCUUAUAGCUGGCUCCAGUGCGAUGCUUAAUUCUGUUGUUGCUGUUCAUAAAGCAUAUGAUUCGUCACGUCUCUAUCGUGAAAUUCGUCUUCGUUCAUCAUUACUUAAUAAAGGUCAAUUACGUAUUCUACCUAAAGAACGUUUACAUAAUCGAUACAAUGGUGUUUGGAAUCUUUCGUCUGAUCAAGGUAAUCUCGGUAUUUUUCAUAUAACAGACAUUCGUGUUAUAUGGCACGCAGAGCUAAAUGAAAAUUUUAAUGUUAGCGUACCUUAUUAUCAAACAAAAAGUAUUAAAGUUCGAGAUUCAAAAUUUGGCUUAGCACUUGUUAUUGAAACAACACCAUAUAGUGGAAACUAUUUGCUUGGAUUUCAAUUAGCACCCGAGGAAAAACUUCGAGAAGUUCAUAAAGAAAUUCUUACACUUCAUAAAAGUUAUUUUGCAAAUCCAGAAUUUGGUGUACAAUUUUCCAUAGAAGACCAGUCUGAUCAACCUGCUACACGAUUGGAAAGUAAAGUCGAUGAUAUUGAAAUAUUACAAAGUCGAGAACAUACAGAUUCAUAUGCAACUUAUUUGACUGAUGCUGGUAAACAUGAUCAUGAACCUGUCUAUUCUGAAGAACUUGGUUUAGCUAUUGAGAAACUACCUCAAGGAUAUACAUUGGGUAGUCUUUGGGAUAUUCUUAGUUGA